AGCCUCGCCGCGUCUUCGGGCUUUGUCGUUAACCUCCGUAGCUAGUUGUUGCUCGUCUGGGGUCUGAACGAUGAUUGACAAUAAUGGCGACGCGUUUAUUCUGAGUUGACUCCAGGGAACCCUCUCUGGUCGACGAAGGGAGCGUCUUGGAUGGAUUUUCUGCCCGGCGGAGAAAACACAACAAGGACAAGCGACCACCGAAAGAAAAACGUUCGCAUUCAACGCAAAGGACUUGCUAGCCGGGAGAGGGUUACCCUGCUAGCACUGCGAUAGCUAGCAACUCGGCUCGCUAGCUUGCUAAGUUGAAGAGGUGGCAUUCUUGCGUGUGGAGUGGAGGAGAGAGACAGCAGGGCUCGCUGGGUACUCCUAUCCGGCUGAUAUAGCAAUGUGGCUACUUAAUAGGCUUUUGGGCUAACCUUUUUAUUUGUUUAUCCGUCUCAAAGUCAACGCCGAGGAGGGACUGGCUCGCGCAGCUCACGUUAGCUUGUGGGGAUAGUUUUAUUUUGUAUUUUUUAGGAGGGUCUAACAGCCUCUUUUGCUAGCUCAUUUAGCUAGCAGACUAGCUUUUUUUUUUUUUUUUUUAGGGGGAGCUUGUUCCAGUCUCUUUCCUGUUGGAACCUGCAUUUGGAAACAGUCCAACACGCGCACCGAUUUACCGUCGGGCAACGACUGCCGCCUUCCAAAAAAAACGUGUUAACAAUCGCCCCUGCGCGUCCUUUUUUAAAAAAAAUUUCACACGCAAGAUGACCACCGGCAGGAAUAACCGAGCGAUGAUGGAAGGAGUCGGAGCCCGAGUGGUCCGCGGACCCGACUGGAAGUGGGGGAAGCAGGACGGCGGAGAGGGACACGUUGGCACCGUGAGGAGUUUCGAAAGUCCCGAGGAGGUGGUCGUCGUCUGGGAUAACGGGACGGCCGCCAACUACCGCUGCUCCGGAGCCUACGACGUGAGGAUAUUGGACAGUGCUCCAACAGGCAUCAAGCAUGACGGAACCAUGUGUGACACCUGCCGUCAACAGCCCAUCAUUGGUAUACGCUGGAAAUGCGCUGAGUGCACCAAUUACGACCUUUGCACAACCUGUUACCAUGGAGACAAGCAUCACCUGAGACACCGCUUCUACAGGAUCACCACCCCGGGCAGCGAGAGAGUUCUUUUGGAGUCACGUCGCAAGUCAAAGAAAAUCACAGCCAGAGGGAUCUUCACUGGUGGCCGGGUGGUGAGAGGAGUGGACUGGCAGUGGGAAGACCAAGACGGAGGCAACGGAAGGAGAGGAAAGGUGACGGAGAUCCAGGACUGGAGCGCAGCCAGUCCUCACAGCGCUGCCUACGUACUGUGGGACAAUGGGGCCAAGAACCUGUACCGAGUCGGCUUUGAGGGAAUGUCGGAUCUGAAAUGUGUCCAGGAUGCCAAAGGAGGCUCCUUCUACAGAGACCACUGUCCCGUUUUAGGUGAGCAGAAUGGCAACAGAAAUCCCGGCGGGCUCCAGAUCGGAGACCUGGUCAACAUCGACUUGGACCUGGAGAUCGUUCAGUCCCUCCAGCACGGCCACGGCGGGUGGACCGAUGGCAUGUUUGAGACGCUCACCACCACGGGCACCGUGUGCGGCAUCGACGAAGACCACGACAUUGUUGUUCAGUACCCCAGUGGGAACAGAUGGACGUUUAACCCAGCCGUCCUGACCAAGGCCAACGUGGUGCGCAGCGGCGACGCAGCGGCCGGGGCGGAGGGAGGCACCUCCCAGUUUGUGGUGGGAGACCUGGUCCAGAUCUGCUACGACAUCGACCGCAUCAAGCUGCUCCAGAGAGGCCACGGCGAGUGGGCCGAGGCGAUGCUCCCCACCCUCGGCAAAGUGGGCCGCGUGCAGCAGAUCUACUCCGACAGCGACCUGAAGGUGGAGGUUUGCGGAACGUCUUGGACGUACAACCCCGCCGCCGUCACCAAGAUCGCCCCGUCUGGCUCUGCCGUCAGCAACGCCUCCGGAGAGCGCCUGUCCCAGCUGCUGAAGAAACUGUUUGAGACUCAGGAGUCCGGAGACAUCAACGAGGAGCUGGUGAAGGCGGCGGCCAACGGCGACCUGGCCAAAGUCGAGGACAUCCUUAAGAGAGCGGAUGUGGACGUGAACGGGCAGUGUGCUGGACACACAGCCAUGCAGGCGGCCAGUCAGAACGGUCACGUGGAUGUCCUCAAGCUGCUGCUUAAACACAACGUGGACCUGGAGGCUGAGGACAAAGAUGGAGACCGGGCAGUGCACCACGCCGCCUUUGGCGAUGAGGGCUCUGUCAUUGAGGUGCUGCAGAGGGGCGGCGCCGACUUGAAUGCCAGGAACAAGCGAAGGCAGACUCCAUUACACAUAGCUGUCAACAAGGGACACCUGCAGGUGGUCAAAACCCUGCUGGACUUCGGCUGCCACCCCAGCCUUCAGGAUUCUGAGGGGGACACGCCGCUGCAUGACGCUAUAAGCAAGAAGAGAGAUGACAUGCUGUCCGUGCUGCUGGAGGCCGGCGCUGAUGUCACCAUCACCAACAAUAAUGGCUUCAAUGCCUUGCACCACGCUGCCCUUCGUGGGAACCCCAGCGCCAUGCGCGUGCUCCUAUCCAAGCUGCCGAGGCCCUGGAUCGUGGACGAGAAGAAGGACGACGGUUACACCGCACUGCACCUGGCUGCCCUCAACAACCACGUGGAGGUGGCGGAGCUGUUGGUGCACCAGGGCAAUGCCAACCUGGACAUCCAGAACGUCAACCAGCAGACGGCAUUGCACCUGGCAGUGGAGCGCCAGCACACCCAGAUAGUCCGGCUGCUGGUGCGGGCAGAGGCCAAGCUCGACGUGCAGGACAAAGACGGGGACACGCCGCUCCACGAGGCACUGCGUCACCACACUCUGUCCCAACUGCGGCAACUCCAGGAUAUGCAGGACGUCAGCAAAGUGGAGCCCUGGGAACCCUCCAAGAACACAUUGAUCAUGGGCCUGGGCACCCAGGGGGCAGAGAAGAAGAGUGCGGCAUCCAUCGCCUGCUUCCUGGCAGCUAACGGAGCGGACCUGACCAUCCGUAACAAGAAGGGCCAGUCCCCUCUGGACCUGUGUCCAGACCCCAGCCUCUGCAAGGCUCUGGCCAAGUGCCACAAAGAGAAAAGCAGCGGCCAGGUGGGCACCCGCAGCCCGUCCCAGAACAGCAACAUCGAGUCCCUGGACGAGUGCAUGGUGUGUUCGGACCUGAAGAGAGACACUCUGUUCGGGCCCUGCGGACACAUCGCCACCUGCUCCCUGUGCUCGCCCCGCGUCAAGAAGUGCCUCAUCUGCAAGGACCAGGUCCAGUCGAGAACCAAGAUCGAGGAGUGCGUGGUCUGCUCUGACAAAAAGGCAGCCGUGUUGUUCCAGCCCUGUGGUCACAUGUGCGCUUGUGAGAACUGUGCCAGCCUCAUGAAGAAGUGCGUACAGUGUCGGGCUGUAGUUGAGCGCCGCACUCCUUUUGUUCUGUGCUGUGGAGGGAAAGCCUUUUUUAUAUUUUGCUGUGUUGCUGACUUGCUAAUGCAUUUAAUUAUUUUGUUUGCAUCAUUAAUACAUUGUUUUGUUUUUUGUUCCUCCUUGUGUACAAAUUCAAGUCCCAAGUCGAUCGUACUUACUAGAUCUGGCAUGUUUUAAUCAAGGCAAUCGUUUAGAUCAUUUAAGAAAAUCUAUUUUAAGUGGACUCUCAGAAACCAUUUCUAAAGUUUUGCUGAUCAAUAUAAUAAUUUCCUCAUACACAGACAUCCGGAUUUCUGUGACCUCUUAAAGUGUAUGCUAGGCCACCUGUAGUAAUAAUUAAUAUACAAGAUAUAUAUGCAUAUAAAUACCAAUAUAAAUGUGAAAAACAACUAUUAUCAAGCACGAUUUUCAGUUGCACCCAUGUGCUGAAAGUCAUCAGCCUUAGCCAUGAAUAAUGAUCAAUGUAGUGGUAAAUAUGUUUGUUUGGUUGCAUUCACAAUCCAUCCUCUUGCCUCCAAGUCGAACACAGUGUUUUAUUGCCCGUGACCUUCUUUCAGUGGUGCAUCUCACCAGUGGUCACCUCCUAUUGUAGGUUCUCUCUGUAUUAUACAGACCCAGACCCUCAUACUCUCAUGCAAUGGGCAGCAUUGAUAGUUCAACUCCCUUCGUCCCCGUAAAGCCGACCGUAGAUGCCUGGUAUGCCAAAGCAAAUCUAAUGCGCGAAACUCAAUUGGCUUUGAUUGACACUUCUCUGACGUGACGCGCUUUUUUUUUUUUUUAAAGGUCGAAAGGUAAAAGCAUUUCGAACUGGUGCUCCGCGUUGAAAAGAACGAGAACAACUAGCCGCCACGCAGUCAGACCACAUAGCCCACUCAGACGAGCCUCUAUUUCCCCGCUCUCUCUCUCUCUCGCUCGCUGUUCACUGUUUCCAGCUUGCUGGCUUUUUCUUCAAAGUCUUUCUCUGAACCUCCCUUAGAGGCUGUAGUGAGUAGUGUCAGUCCCCUGGGCCAGCUGUUGAGCUGGCAAGGACGGCCCCCGCUAUAACGA